AUGUCACGCCUAAAUUUCUUGAAAACUUUGUCUCGACAAUUGAUGGAAGAACAGUUAAAAUAUCGCUUGACAAUAGAUGUAUUGCCCAAGACCAUUAAGUUCAGACUAAAACAAUACGCUACGAAAACUAAUGAAGCUGCUGGUACCAGUCAGCGAGUUCGAGCAUCAGGGAGAUGUGCAUUUUGUGAAAGGGCCAAAGAUAGGAAAACCACUAAAGUUUGUACGAACUGUGCGAGAUUAAUUUGUCGUGAUCAUAUAAUAGAAACAUGUCCGGAUUGUUUUAUAGAUAUGUAA